AUGCAUAAUCGUAGUCUGCUCUUCUGGAGUGUCGGCCUAUCUGGCCUAGGCAUGGCUGUCGGAAGUGCAUGUCGACCACGUACUGCAGAGGCUUCUACGGUCUCAACAGCAACCCACAUGUUGAAUACAGCAACUGAGGCUGUUACGUCUGGUUCUCCAUUCUAUCCGACAACCUUCCACCUCGUUUCUUCCACUGGCCCUGCCGAAAACAAAGUCCUCAGAGGAGAAUCCACCGAUGGAAAAUACGCCCUCUUCGACGGUUCCCUUGGCCAAGACAUUCCACUGUCCUACGAACCAGAAACAAGCCGUCUUCGUGUCUCGGACAGCCUCUGUAUCUACGCGUCUUACAAUAGCCAACUCAAAACUGCUCCUUUGAAAUCAUGCGGGUCAUCUCCGACUUCAUCGUAUCUAAAAUAUGACGCUCCCACGGGGGAAAAUCACAGUGCAGGAUACCAGCCUUUAUCCUUCGUACAGUUCAUCAAGAGCACUCCCCGUUUGCAGUAG